AUGAGCCAGCCCGAUCGCGUAGCCCCAUUCAAUCUGGCCUCUCGGUCGCCAGACCAGUCGCACGAUGAUCCUGCCUUGACCAGUCGGUUGCUAGGCGAUGUCCAAAUCACCAGCCGGCCAACUUGCGCAUUCCACCAUCAUCGAGACGGAGUCCUCUUCUCCAGACGCAUCAGUUCAGACUCGAGCUCUUCCAACUCGCACUUUUCCGUCGGCACAACCACCGCGGCCGACUUGGGCGCCAUCAUCGGCGCCAACAGCCUCUUCUGUCAGCCCAGCUCGACGACAGCCGCCCUCGACCUACAUCUUUACUCAGGCCGCCCACUGGUCUCACGCAAACAAUAG